CACGCCGCUAACUGUCGUAAUCUGCUUAGCUGCAGCUCAGUCUGCCACACGGUAGCUGCAUUGAAAUUAAAUUUAAAAACGCGGCUGCAGAAAAAAAAACAUCAUGGCAGACGAGGAGAACCUACCGCCUGGUUGGGAGAAAAGAAUGAGCCGCAGUUCAGGCAAGGUUUACUACUUCAACCACAUCACCAAUGCCAGCCAGUGGGAACGUCCGGUGGGAGACGGCCGUGGAGAGCCAGACCAGGUUGUACGCUGCUCUCACCUCCUGGUCAAGCAUAAUCAAUCACGUCGGCCGUCUUCCUGGCGGGAACAAAAUAUUACGCGAUCCAAAGACGAGGCCCUGGAUCUCAUUCAGAAGUACAUAGAACAGAUCAAGUCUGGACAGGAGAAGUUCGAGUCUCUGGCCUCUCAGUUCAGCGACUGCAGCUCAGCUAAGAAAGGUGGAGAUCUGGGACCGUUUGGCAGAGGUCAGAUGCAGAAACCUUUUGAAGACGCUUCCUUUGCUCUGAAAGUGGGAGACAUGAGCGGUCCUGUUUUUACGGACUCUGGCGUCCACAUCAUCCUACGUACUGGUUGAAAGGAAGACGCCAUGCACUCUACUUUCCUCUUACAUCUUCAUGCACACGCACACACACACACACACACACACACACACACACACACACACACACACACACACACACGCAGUCCAAACCAACCAAGCCUGCGAUUUAUGACCAACACCACCCAAUAAACAAAGCUUACGGCCUGUGUCGCAUUAUUUUAGGCGGACUCAUGUUGCUCCAUCCAACAUGUAUGAAUAUUUUCAUUACACUGAGCAUCCAGGAGUAUUUGUCAUUAUUCCUUAAGACCUCAAGCUUGUAUUAACCGAGGAAAUGCAGUUAUAUAAAAACAUGAGUGCCUGUGGACGUCACUGCCUCGUGGAAACCGUCUCACUUGAGUCAAGUUUAAUAAUGCAAAAGCUUGUUAUUGGUACAUGCAUGUCUUCAAAAGGACCAUUCACUUUAUGUUUCCCUGUAACCUUUUCCACUUCUGCUGUUUGUGCCAAAGCAGCUCCUCUACCUUUGUUAUUGUUUAGGAAAAUGAUGAUUAAAAUACUUUUUAACCAUUGCAGUUGGAGAAAGAAUUGCUAGUCUCUCUACUUUGCAUUAAUCCAAGUUUUCUGUCAUUUUCAAUUAUUUGGUUAUUUGUUUUCAUGAUCCUGUUUGAAAAGUGCAUGGUUUCUCCACUUGGAUUUGCCAAGACGGCACCAUAGAAAGCUUGCAGGUUUUAACUUUAAGCUCCACUGCUUUUAAAAGCAUCAAUGGUCAGAUGAACUGUUAACACUGUUGUCACUGGGGCAUAAAUAAAUAAAAUCUUUUUUUUUGUAA